ACUUUUCUAACAUGUCAUUCUCAUCUGGACUAGUGUUUUUAGUGACGACUGGAACUUUUAUUUUUGGAUAAAUUUGCUAUAAAUUUGUGAAAGCAAAUAUCUUUCUUGUUAUUUCAUUUUUAAUUCGAUAGUAAAAUAGGGGCGCAAUGUCGGUGAUGGAGUUCCUGAAGGACUUACCGUCGUACGACGAACAUAACUUUACCUUAUUUAACACCGAUUCUGGUAUAAGAAAUUGUUCUAAGAGACCCUCGAUAUAUCUACCUACAAAGGAUAUCCCAUCAGAUCAAAUUAUAGUAACAGAAAAAACAAAUAUCCUAUUAAGAUAUUUACAUCAACAGUGGGAGAAAAAGAACAAUAAUUCUCCAAAGAAACGUGACCAGGGUCACAUAGAACAGAAUGGUGAUGAAGGCCGACCCCGCAAGAGGCCUUGCCUUAACUCCCCCCUCAACUGAAGCUGCUCUCAACUCUGUGCUACAGUUAUGGACAGUGUGAAGUGUACAUUUGUUUUGUAUUAACCUAUAUAUUUCACAUUAUACAGAUCAAAUUAUAUAUUAAUAUUCAAAACAUAUUAGUUUUGUGUUUUUUGACAAACCAACUGCAGCAGUGUUGUGCCAGUUUCAAAUACUAUUUGCUUCGAAAUACAUAACCAGACUUGUGGUAGAAUUUAGAUUUUGUUGGUUGAAAAUAGGUGACAAAACUUGUUUCAUGUAUGUACACUAAGCAAGCUAUACUAACCACAAUAUUUUUAGUUUAACAAUAAGCUUAUAGUAAUUAAUUAUAUAUCAAUUUCAUUCCAAUGUGUUUUUCACGUUUUAUUUAACUCAAAAGCUCAUUAUACAUGUCAUUUAUGUAUAAAAUCUUUUAUAAAAACUCACUGAACAAAUUUUUUUUCUAUGACCACAAACAUAGUGUCCGUGGUAAAAAUGUAUUAGAAACCUAUCUAUUGCUUUUGGGAUACACAGACAAUAUACAUUGAUUUGUUUUAAAUAAAAUUUACUGUAAAUUAAAUGUCAUCUUGCAGAUUUAAAUAAAAAGAAAUGCCAAUUGGCAACUUUUUAACGUGAUGUUUGGAAUUCUUUUUUUACUUUUUAAUCAAAUUCUUUUAAGAUACUGUGGUAAGCUCUUUUUUGUCAUCUACAAUAAGUUGUUUUAAUUACAAACAUUUAAAUUGUUACUUUAGAAAUAUAUGCUUCAUUGACUUCACUCAUACCCACUAAUUUUCUGUUUCUGAGAUGCAAGACAUUUUCUUUACUCUUUGGUUAAUUUUAGUAGUGUUUACAUGUAAAAAUAAAAUUCUGUAUUUUUUGUGAACUUUCAAUUUCUGAUUUUUCACCAUAAAGGUAGGGCUUCAUUUCUUUAAUUUCUAGUUGGACUUUUUUUAUCAACAUUUUCUAUUGUACUAGAUGAAGAAUUAAAGUAAGCCCUAAUAGACAUUCAUUAUGUAAAUAUUUUCAUAAAUGUGUGCUCCCAAAAUGCUUUGAUGUAAUGUAGUUAUAAUUUCUAUUAUAAGAUGAACAGUUUUAUUAUUCAUGUAUCGAUGUUUAGUUGUAUGAAGUAGCCAAACAGCACCAAAAUCAUCUAAAUUACAAAUGUUAAUGCACAUGUCAAAUAGGUUUUUUAUUAGUUUUAGAUAAAUUCAAUUAAUAGGUACAAUAAACAUGUUUGUUAGUAUCUAAUAUUCAAUUUGAUGAAUUUUAAAAUUUGAGCUACAGUUUAGAUGGAAUUUGUUAUAAAUAUUGUUUAAAAGGCCUAUGCUUGUAAACACCUGCAUGUAGCUAUCAUUUUCAAAUGUGCUAUUUCUUCAUAUUACAGUAGUGUAUUCUUUUUUUUGUAACAUUAAUUUCUUACAAUACAUUUGUUUAGAAAUGA